GCCAUCACCAACACCCUUCGAGACGCGGAACCCCCCUCCAAUUGCGGCACCGGCUGGGACCAAGACAAGAUGUCGCACAUCGACUACGCUCUCUACGAAUCCCCUGUGGGCUAUGCCCUCUUCAAGGUGGUGCAUCAGCAGGAUGCGGUGGGGUUGAAGUUGAAGGAAACCCAGGCUGCUGCCAACGAUCUCGCCAAGUUCGGCAAGAUGGUCAAGCUGGCCAAUUUCAGUCCUUUCCGGGGCCACGUCGAGGCUCUUGAGAACAUCAACCUCGUCUCCGAGGGUAUCGUGUCGGACUACCUCAAGUCCGUCCUCGAGCUCAACCUCCCCCAAACGAGCGGCAAGAAGACCAAGGUCGUCCUGGGUGUCUCCGAGAAGAACCUUGCUGGUGCGAUCAAGGCCGUCUUUCCCGGAAUCGAGUGCGAGACUGCCGACACCUCUGACAUUGUCGGAGACGUGAUUCGCGGCAUCCGACUGCACGCCGACAAGCUCCUCGGUGGCCUCAAGUCUGGCGAUGUCGAGAAGGCCGGUCUGGGUAUGGGUCACGCCUACUCUCGCGCCAAGGUCAAGUUCAGCGUCACCCGCAACGACAACCACAUCAUCCAGGCCAGCGCGACCAUCGACUUCCAGGACAAGGGUGUCAACCAGUUCUUCAUGCGCGUCCGCGAGUGGUACGGAUGGCACUUCCCCGAGCUCAUCAAGAUUGUCUCCGACAACCUGACCUACGCCAAGCUUGUCCUUGCCAUUGGCGACAAGAAGAGCCUCAACGACGACAAGCUCCACGACAUUGCUGCUCUCCUUGGCGAGGAUGGCGAGAAGGCUCAGGCCAUCAUUGAUGCCGCCAAGGUGUCCAUGGGUCUCGAUAUCUCUCCCGCUGACCUCGAGAUCGUCCACGGCUUCGCCGAGGCUGUCGUCAAGCAGGCCGAGAACCGCAAGUCGACUGCGCUGUACCUCGAGAAGAAGAUGUCCAACGUCGCCCCCAACCUCCAGACCCUGAUUGGCACUCCUGUCGCCGCCCGCCUGAUCUCGCACGCCGGAUCCCUGACCAACCUCUCCAAGUACCCUGCCUCCACUCUGCAGAUCCUCGGUGCCGAGAAGGCCCUAUUCCGUGCCCUCAAGAGCAAGAGCAACACCCCCAAGUACGGUCUCAUCUACCACAGCAGCUUCAUUGGCAAGGCCGGUGUGCGCAACAAGGGUCGCAUCUCGCGAUACCUCGCCAACAAGUGCAGUAUGGCCAGCCGUAUCGACAACUUCUCUGAGGAGCCCUCCACUCGCUUCGGUGAGGCUCUCAAGCAGCAGGUUGAGGAUCGGUUAGAGUUCUAUGCCACUGGCAAGAAGCCCGCCAAGAACUCCGACGUCAUGAAGUCUGUCAUGGACCUCAUUGACGACGGCGACGAUGCCGAUGAGGACGAGGAGAUGGCCGAUGUCCCUGAGCCCGAGUCCGCCAAGAAGUCCAAGAAGGAGAAGAAGGAAAAGAAGGACAAGAAAGAGAAGAAGGAGAAGAAGCGCAAGCGAGAUGAGGAGGAAGCCCCCGCUUCCAAGGAGGUCGACGGCGAGAAGAAGAAGAAGAAGAAGAAGAGAAAGUCGGAGGUCGCCGAUGACGAGUAA